GCCCAUUUCUUCAUCUUUCAUCAAAACCCAAACCAAAGCUUUAUAUAAACACACAAACGCAAGGCGUUCGUCGCACGCGACUCUCUUCACACAAAAGCAUAGCUCUGCGCCCAAUUCCCCUUCCUCUUGUCCAUCCUAUAUUAGCUCCUCUCCUUUUCUAUACAGAAAGCAAGAACUAGCGACAUGACGUCCAAGACCUGCCCCAGCCACGCGCAUAGACGGCGAAGGUUCUUCCGGCGGCUCUGCGCCAGCAUACUUGUGCUCGCCUUCAUCAUUCUGGUGGUGGUGCUAAUCGUCUGGGCCGUCCUCCAGCCCAACAAGCCAAGGUUCAUCCUCCAGGACGCCACCGUCUACGCCUUCAACCUCUCGGCACCGAACAUGCUGACCUCAAACUUCCAGGUCACCCUCUCCUCCCGAAACCCCAACGAUAAGAUCGGCAUCUACUACGACAGGCUCGACGUCUACGCCACCUACCGGAGCCAGCAGAUCACCCUCCGCACGGCCAUCCCCCCCACCUACCAGGGCCACAAGGACAUCAACGUCUGGUCCCCCUUCAUCUACGGCAACCAGGUGCCCGUCGCACCGUACAACACCGUCCUGCUCGGCCAGGACCAGGCCAAUGGGGCCGUGCAGCUCUUGAUCAAGAUCGACGGACGGGUCAGAUGGAAAGUCGGGACCUUCAUCUCCGGCAAAUAUCAUUUAUACGUGAGGUGUCCCGCCUACAUAAACUUUGGUUCCAGGACCGCCGGUGUUGAAAUCGGCAAUAACGCCGUUAAGUACCAGCUGGUGACGAGUUGCAGUGUUAGCGUAUGAACAUGCGCCGGCCGUUGAGUAUCGUUGAUCUGUCUCUCCCUUUCUCUCUCUAUAUAGUUAACGCCGUUAAUUUCGUUUCUACUUUUUUUUUUUUUAUAAGUUUUAAUUCGUCGUUUAAUUUUAUCUCUGUCUUCGUUCGGAAUACGUCGGAAUUACGUGUCUGAAUUGUAAAUUUUGCUGCAGAAUAAACCGAGAAAAUGAGAAAAAAAAAAUUAUAUAUAUGUGAGACAAAUAGCAAAAUUACAAUCGAUCGGUGACAAGUUGUAUACAUUAUAUAAAUGUGAAGUGAAGUGUCUUUAUUAGAUAACAAGUGAGUGUCUAUUCGGAGGU